CCAACUUCAAAUGACGUCAAAUUACAAGAUUAUAUUUAUUUACGUCUUGUGUCUUCACUAAAUUAAUUAAAUUAUUGGACUUGAAAAUAUAUUAACAUUAAAAUUUUUUAAAUUUCAAGAAAAGUGAAAAUGUGGAUAUAAUAUAUAUUUGCAGAGUACAGUUUACGUGUUACCUUAUAUAUAACCUAUAAUUUUGGUCAAAGCUGAGUGGUAAAUUAAAAUGUCAUCUCGUUAUGAAAUAACGAAACAUCAAGAUCGUGCUAAAAGUAAUUCUUUGGAGCGUCACCGCAGCCAUAAAACUUCAAGUAGAGAUAGAAGAUCAAAGUCACAUUCCCCUGUGGAGUCUAAACAUAAGUCGUCUACUAGAGAUAAGAAGAAAUCUAAAGAGCAUAGAGAGAAACACAAGAAGAGUAAGAAAAAAAAGAAAAAGCGAUCAUCAUCAAGCAGCAGUUCUAGUGAUAGUGAUGAAGAGGAGUUGAAGUUACUGCAACGGUUGGAAGCUGAGAGGCUGCGCUUAAAGGAAGAAAGGAAAAAAGAGAAGGAGUUACUUAAAGCCAAUGAGACACCAGAGGAAAAGAGAGCUCGACGGCUCCGCGAGAAACAAGAGAAGGAGCGUCGUCGCCGUGAACGUAUGGGGUGGGAUAAUGAGUAUCAAUGUUACACGAACCAGGACAACCCUUUUGGGGACUCGGCCCUGACUAAUACAUUUGUAUGGAACAAGAAACUAGCCAAAGAAGGUGUAAAAACUGUAUCAAGGGAGGAACUGGAAGCGUUAAAUAGACAGAAGCAGCUGGAGAAUAAAAUAGAGCUCGAAAAGGUGAAGCAGCGGCGGCUGGAGCGCGAGGCAGAGCGCGCGGCGCGCGAGGCCGAGGCGGCGGCGGCGGCGCGCGCGCGCGAGGCGGCGCAGUUCAGCAGCUGGGCGCGCCACGAGGACGCCUUCCACCGCCACCAGGCGCGCCUGCGCUCGCGCAUACGCAUCCGCGACGGCAGAGCCAAGCCCAUAGAUCUCCUGGCGUGGUACGUCAGCUCCGAGGAGUGUGUGGACGCAUUAGAGAUGCACGAGCCGUAUACGUAUCUCAACGGGCUGCAGAUGCAGGAUCUCGAGGAUUUAUUAGAAGAUAUCAAGGUGUACAAGGAGCUGGAGAACAACGUGAACCAGUCGUACUGGGAGGACGUGCAGACCAUCGUGGUGGACGAGCUGAGCAAGCUGCGGCGCCUGGCCGCGCCCGACGCGCGCCGUGACGGCGUGCACCAGGCCGUCGCCGAUGACGUCACGCAGAUCUUCAAGGGCAAGACGGGCAGCCAGCUGGAGGCGCUGCAGAUCCAGAUCGAGCAGAAGAUCAGCGGGCGGCGCGACGGCGUCGACAUCGGCUACUGGGAGAGCUUGCUCAGCCAGCUCAAGGCGCACAUGGCGCGCGCGCGGCUGCGGGAGCGGCACCAGCACAACCUGCGCCGCAAGCUGCAGCUGCUCAAGCAGGAGCAGGGCGUCGCGCAGCCCGCCGACCAGCAGCCGCCGCAGCAGCCGCACCACCACCACCCGCACCACCCGCACAAAACGGAAUCACCGGACCGGGAGCGGGCGGAGGAGGCUGCGAGCGGCGGCGGCGAGGCGGGCGAGGAGGAGUCGGCGGCGGCGGCGGAGGAGGCGGCGGAGGAGGAGGAGGAGGAGGCGGCGUGCGCGGCGCUGUACGCGGCGGGGCGCUACUCGCCGGCGCGGCUGGCGGCGGGCGCGCUGUCGCCGGGCACGCUGCUGGUGGAGCCGGCGCACGACGACCAGCGCGUCGCCUUCCUGCGGGCCGCGCUGCUGCGCCAGCCGGCGGCGAGCGGCGGCACGGCGUCGUCGCUGGAGCAGGCGGCAGCCCGCAGCAUGGGCGCGGCGGCCGACCACGCGCCCUUCAGCGCCGAGCACGCGCUGCCCGAGCAGCCGUGCCUGUGGGCCGACAAGUACCGGCCCAGGAAGCCGCGCUACUUCAACAGAGUUCAUACAGGAUUUGAAUGGAACAAGUACAACCAAACUCACUAUGACAUGGACAACCCGCCGCCGAAGAUCGUGCAGGGCUAUAAGUUCAACAUCUUCUACCCGGAUCUCAUCGACAAGAAUGCCACCCCUGAGUUCUCACUGAAACCAUGUCCCGAGAAUGCAGACUUUGCUGUGCUCCGGUUCCACGCGGGGCCGCCGUACGAGGACAUCGCGUUUAAAAUAGUGAACCGAGAGUGGGAGUACUCGUACAAGCGAGGGUUCCGCUGCCACUUCCACAACAACAUAUUCCAAUUGUGGUUCCACUUCAAGAGAUACCGCUACCGCCGCUAAACACAAUCGCAAUGACACAAUGUAAAAUAAAAAUGUUUUUUGAACUU